CCGGAAGUGGCGCUGACGUCGCUGUGCGUGCAGGCGGCUGCGUCGGGCUGCAGGAGAAGAUGGCGGUCUCCACAGGAGUUAAAGUUCCUCGUAAUUUUCGCUUGUUGGAAGAACUUGAAGAAGGACAAAAAGGAGUAGGCGAUGGUACGGUUAGCUGGGGCCUUGAAGAUGAUGAAGAUAUGACACUUACAAGGUGGACAGGCAUGAUUAUUGGGCCACCAAGGACAAAUUAUGAAAACAGAAUAUAUAGCCUGAAAGUAGAAUGUGGACCUAAAUACCCAGAAGUUCCUCCAUCAGUUAGAUUUGUAACCAAAAUUAAUAUGAAUGGAAUUAAUAAUUCCAGUGGAAUGGUGGAUGCACGGAGCAUACCAGUGUUAGCAAAAUGGCAAAAUUCAUAUAGCAUUAAAGUUGUACUUCAAGAGCUAAGACGUCUAAUGAUGUCCAAAGAAAAUAUGAAGCUUCCACAGCCACCAGAAGGACAAACAUACAACAAUUAAUUUUAGUGGAUCUCAAACUUGUCUUAAAUCAACAACCUUCUACUCAUGUUAAUGUCUUGAUUAAAUAUCACAAUGCAAAAUACCCACACAUUAAGUAAAAGAAUUCCAGCUGGUAAACAUGACCUGGACAUUUGUAAGAAUAUAUUUAAUGUAUGUACACCAUUAUGUUUUCCGGUUACAGGAGGAAAAAUGCAGCACAAUUUUUCUUUUUCUCUUGUUAAGGCACUAUCAUUUAAGCAUAAACCUGGAGUACUCAAAAUAGAAUUCAGGUUUACAAGAUGAAAGCAUGGAGAGAAGAAUCAGACGCUGUGGAAGCAUGUGUGUUUCUGAAAAGUAAAAACAAAUUUCAAGAGGAAAAACAGAAAUGGCAUGCUUUGUCCAUCUUACUUAGUGAAAGAGCUUCAGUUGAAAUUGUCUAAAGUAGCAGGUACAAUGAAUAUUGUCACAAAUUGUGUUAAUUUUUGAAGCAGUGUGCGUGCUGACUACUAGUAGUAUCAAAAAAAUGUUCAGGAUUGUUUUGAUACCUGUAUUUAUAAUAAAAAAUGUUGUGGGGGAGGUCGAUGAAUUUCUGUUAAAAGCCGUUCCUGUGUGUUACAUGUAACAGACAUGGUAAAUACUUGUUUACAGUCUUUGACAAACCAUGCAUUUAAGUGAAAUCAACAAAAAGGAAAUAGGUGUAUGGGUAUGUGAUUUUGAGAUUAAAGUUAGUCUUAAAAUGUAAAUAAAAUGUGGAAUAUGUCCUCAGAAACCGUGCCAUUUCUAUUAUAUUGAUGUGGUAUAUGUAUAGUACCUUGCUGAGGUAGCAAAAAUUGGAAUUAUUGUAGCUAUUCAUCUAUAAACACCUUUAUUAUCCUAUUUUGUAUACUUCUUGUGAAUUAGAAUUUGCAGAGUAUUUGAGACGACAAAUUACCUAAUUGGUUUAAUUUCAUUUUUGGAGGAAGAGGAAUCGCAGGUAUUAUAUUUUAAAUUUUAGUUGGCCAGAAGUACUAUUUAAAAAUGUUUGGAUUCUAGCAGUUCUUAUAGAGUUAUAAAUUGCAAAUUAUCCAAAUACACAUUCCAUUCUCUUUGUAACUUUUUUUUUCUAUAAUUUUCUGUGACAUUUCUUCCCCCAAUGCUUCUAAUUGGGAUUAAUUUUAUCCAGUUUCUCUUAACCUCCACUUUGACAAAUAGAAAUUCUUAAUUGAAAGCUCAUUUAUAUUCUCCCUUUACCAAAAUGACUCAAGGCUUUACGUCACUGUUUUUCAUUUCAAAGCAUAUACUACUUUGGGUAUACUACUUUGUUAAAAAUGUUUUUUUCUUACGAAUUCCCUGAAGAACAUAGAAGGGUGGUCAGGUAUCAAGGACAAAUUUCUUAAAGAUUCCCUGAUAUGUUUUUUUUAUCAAGUCAUUCAUAGUUACAGCUCUGAGCUACUUUUUCUUGGUUAAUAAUACAUGAAAGUUAGUGACAGUUUGUCUAAACUUACUAAUUUCAACAUGGCUAUUUUUAAUUAUCAAAGAUGUCUAAAAUGCUUUCAGAUGACACAUAGAAAUGAUAUACCCACAAAUUAGUGCAUGUGUAAUUUAUUAAAGUAGGUUUGAAAUGAAUUAUUAUCUUGGCAUACUUUCUUAAAAAUUUUGAAUUGUUGAACUUGAUUUACAGUGACUUCAUAUGUAAAACCAUUACUGGUAGUCUAAAUUAGUCUAACAGCUUCUUUUCCACUUUGGAAAUGUGUCUUGUCAUACAGUGUAGCUAAUAACCAUUUGAAUGUUAAAUUAUAUUGGUAGGCUGAGAAUCUGGGUACCUUGAUCACUUAUUCUCUUUCCUUUUCCCAUAUCCACUAUUGUGAAGGGUUCUCCCCCCAAGUAUAUGUUGUUUGAGUUGGCUGAGGGUGUUUAUUUCCUCUGUUUUGUUUUUGGGACUGUGGAUCUCUGCAGAAAUCUGCAUGCUAAUUAGUUUCCAAAGCAGAAUCCAUUUUGCAUGUAACAAUCAAGAUAUACAUGGCAAUCUAAAACACACUGGUUGAUUAUAGAAAGAGCUAAUGUAGAGCUGCUCUUAAUUAUAGUAACAUUUCUAAGACCGCAUUUUGAAGCAAUCUUUCCUUUGUUUUCUAAAGUGGCUAGGGUUAUAGGAGUGUAUGGUAUUAAAUGAACUGUAAAAUUGCCUUUGAAAUUUGUUUAAAAGACUAGCAGUUGCGACCCUAGGGGAUGAUCAGUAAAUUUAAUAAAGAUUACAAAAAUGAAAUUCUUGUCCUAUUAGGUCAAUGUUAUGCUUUAAUGGUUUUAGUUACUAGUUUUCAGAAUUGCUGGUUUUAACGUUUUUUCUAAUAUUUUGAAGUGAUGGCAUUUGUUUAUGGGUUAAGUGUUAAUUUUCAGAAUUACGGAACAUUAACAUUUGUAAGGGUAGUGCUGUAGAAGAAAUGUAUGAUUUCAAAUUAUCCUUUUAAAAGAAUUUAUCACACUUCAAUUUGAGUAAGUGCUUGGAGAAUACAUUAGUUUUACUUACAGCUGGUUUAUUAAUCUGGAUUACUUAAUGCCAAUUCAUUGAUUUAAAUAUUUCCCACUAUGUGUGUUUUUAUUGAUAAAUACAUGUGAAAUUAAUAUUGUUUUGAAAAUUUAGAGGAUACAGCUGGAAAAUAUUAGUACAUGAUCCUUAAUAGAUUCGGUGUGUACAGCUUUGGAUAGUUUUGGUAGGUGCAUCAUGGAAUUACAGUCUGGUCAAAACUAUGUUAACCCUUUUAAUGAGCACAUUACUAUGUUCUUACAUACAGUUUAAAGAAUGUAAGUACAUAUAAUAAAGUCUAGUAUAAUGAAUAAUGUGAUUGAUAGGUGUUUAAGGAAUUUUUUCCCCGAUUUCAUUUUAGAAGUAUUUUUUUAGACCUAUGUGUAGAAUCAUAGUAUUGUUUAUUGCUGGGAAGGAUCUAAAAGGCACUGAGUUUACCCCUCUGCUAAGUGUCAGUGUAAUUUUCCAGUAUCAACUUGAUUCAUUUUUGGUUAUUUUCACAAAAAGAUUCCAAUUAUCACAAUUUUGGAAGGUAUGUAUAUUUUGUAUAUAAAAUAGGAACAUCAUAAAAAGGAGUGGAUGCACUGUAUUACAGAAUUGAUAUGAGCAUUGGCAGUUAAUUCCCAUCCAGUACUGUGUUUACUAAAAAGUGGGAAAUGUAUGGAAAUAAAAUAUCUUUUAUGCCUUA